AUGUUUUGUUUUCCUCUGUUCCUCAGCAAUGCUGUGCUGGCUAUCCCUCGCGCUUGUUUUGGUGACUAACGUCGCUGCGUCUUCUGACUCGCCCUCUCCAGAAUCCAAGGAGCUAAGCAAUGCACCGUCCCAGUGCCAGGCACGUGCCUGGGUGAGAGCACCUGACAUGCUUCCCGGUGAAGUUAUCGCAGGAGAUCUCAAGAUUAAACUCGACGGACCAUGCUCUGACGCAGAGAGCUAUGCGCUAGGCUUGCGCUAUAAGGAAAAAGUAUUCUGGAAGUUGAGACGGGAAGAUGCGCCGAUUCCGAAAAUGCCCAAAUUGACAUAUAAUUGGCCGGUCUCGAACAGUGAUUUAUUCAGAGUCGGGCCAUUCCGCAACUUCGGGAAUCCAGACUACAACGAAACAGAAUGGAAUGCGUACGAGAACUCGGUUCAGAAUAAGGACUUGUGGUCUAUCCACGAGGAAGAACGGAUUGCCUUUGAAAUCAAGAGUCCUCUGGUCGCAGAUCCAUUGUCAACAAACUUCACGACCCGAUUCGGAGUUCUGGUACCUAAUACAAACUACCCUCCAGGAAUAGACUGUCGUGUAGGUUCCAUGUCUAAUGGGGGAGCGACUGAUAUGAUAUCCAGCGAAUCGAUUUACGAGUACUUUGUCGAAAUCAGGUUUAGCAAUGGCACGACUUCAGAGAUACGUGCGGGGAUGACAGCCUUUACCCCGUUCUACCCCUUGACGGAAAACAACGCACCCAGUGUUAACGUAUCUCUAUCUCCGCCACCCUCACACUCCCGGGCCGGUUUUAACAUGAAGCCAUCAGUAGACAGGUUGCAGAGCAACUACACAAUUGAAGUAUCUUUUCCUGAAGGAGCUCACGUUUAUCAAAACUCGUCCGUAAAUUUCACGGCCAUUGUUCAUCGGACAGGAUAUACGAAUCGGACAGACAUUCCUGUAGAGCUGUGUGUGUUCUCGGCGAAUGACAUUGAAUGGCAUUCUCAGGAGCUCCAGAACCGAUUACAGCCAUUUCCACCAACCAUCAAGGCGUUGGUCCCUUCCGUUGACCCCGUGCAGCAUCCGGGAUUCUAUGUCGCAACACCCUAUCCAGUCCCUCGUUCCCCAUGCAGAGAGAUCAAAUUUGCGGCAAAUCCUGCUCCCUUGACUGACGAAAGCCACAUUUUUUCCACGUCCUCCGAACCGCUUUCAUUAUCCCUCUACGUGGAUCACGAUGCUAUUCCUGAUUUUUCAACGCACUAUCAGAAACUGGGACAUCACGUCAAGCUGAAUCUCCAUAUCGCGCCUGAUCCAUCAGAGCCAUGGGAUAAUGAAUUCCAGAAGAUAGAAUGGGAGAAGCAGAUUGCGAAUGCAGAUGAAUCUGACUGGUUGCCCUGGACGCCGCCACAGACUCGUCGCCGAUUCCUUUCCGGCAAUGCCAAUAUAUUAUCAGUCAUUCCAACGCAGAAGCAGGGAACCUGCACGAUCAACGCCAAUUCACUACCUGAACGCGAUCUCAUUGCCCCACUUACGCAGCCAUCUAUCAAGGUUUUUGCCAAGGGAGAAGAACUUCCACGUAGAUAUUGCCCUGGCGGUGACAUGCGGUACCCGAUCUACGUUGGAGAUACCUGGGUUAAGAAAGUAUUGCCUAAGACUGCUGAGAGUCAGCGCGAGAGAGAUACUUUGGACCACUUACUCGUUGUGCAGUGAUGACGAUCAUCGAUUUAUGUACUGAUGCCAGAGGGUAGUCGUAAUCUCAAUCCAACACUACUUACUAGUGCUACAUGAUGAUCAUCCUCCCAUGAUUUUGAUUUGAUGGUGGCUCCCG